ACUGCAGGCUGGCCUCCCUGAAUCACAGCAAGGCAGGGAGGGGAGAUCAGCAGGCUCAAACCUGGAAGGCGCAGUACACACAGCUGAGAGUAAAGCACAAAAGAAAGACUUGAUUAAAGAAAGCAACAAUGGACCUGAUCCCAAACUUCGCCAUGGAAACCUGGAUGCUCCUGGUUACCAGCUUGGUGCUCCUCUACCUGUAUGGAACCUAUACACAUGGACAUUUUAAGAAUUUGGGGAUUUCUGGACCCAAACCACUGCCUUUCAUGGGAAAUAUCCUUGCAUACCGCGACGGAUUUUGGGAGUUUGACAGACAAUGUCAUAAAAAAUAUGGUAAAAUAUGGGGGUUUUAUGAGGGCCAACAACCUAUUUUGGCUAUCAUGGAUCCAGACAUAAUCAAAACAGUGUUGGUGAAAGAAUGUUAUUCUACUUUCACAAACCGUCGGGCUUUUGGUCCAGUGGGAAUUUUGAAAAAAGCUAUUGCCUUUUCUGAAAAUGAAGAAUGGAAGAGAUUAAGAACAUUGCUGUCACCAACCUUCACCAGUGGAAAACUCAAGGAGAUGUUCCCCAUCAUUAACCAGUAUGCAGAUUUGUUGGUGAAAAAUGUGAGAUGUGGAGCAGAACAAGGUGAUCCCAUCAUCAUGAAAGAUGUCUUUGGGGCCUACAGCAUGGAUGUGAUCACAGGCAUAUCAUUUGGAGUGAAUGUUGAUUCCCUCAACAACCCACAAAAUCUCUUUGUACAAAAAGUGAAGAAGCUCUUCAAUUUUAAAUUCUUGGAUCCAUUCUUCCUCUCAGUGAUACUCUUUCCAUUCCUUACUCGUAUUUUUGAUGCACUUGAAAUUUCCAUCUUUCCAAGAGACGUUAUAAGGUUUUUUAGAAUGUCUGUAGAACAAAUGAAAGAGAACCGCAUGCAAAAAAAUGAAAAGCAAAGAUUAGAUUUUCUUCAGCUGAUGAUAAACUCCCAGAAUUCCAGAGAUAAAGAGUCUCAUCAAGGUUUAUCUGACCUGGAGAUUACAGCUCAGUCCAUUUUCUUUAUUUUUGCUGGCUAUGAGAGCACUAGCAGCGCUCUUUCCUUUGCUAUGUUUUUGCUGGCCACUCACCCUGAUGUCCAGAAGAAGCUACAGGAUAAAAUUGAUGAUGCUCUACCCAAUAAGGCACCUGCCACCUAUGAUGCCCUAGUACAGAUGGAGUAUCUAGACAUGGUGGUGAAUGAAACUCUCAGAUUGUAUCCAGUUGGAGGAAGGCUCGACAGGAUCUGUAAGAAAGAUGUUGAAAUCAAUGGAGUGUUCAUUCCCAAAGGAACUGUUGUGAUGAUACCAACCUUUGCUCUUCACAAAGACCCAAAGUACUGGCCAGAGCCUGAGGAGUUCCACCCUAAAAGGUUCAGCAAGAAGAACCAGGACAGCAUCGAUCCUUACACAUAUCUGCCCUUUGGGAACGGACCCAGGAACUGCAUUGGCAUGAGGUUUGCACUCAUGAACAUGAAAGUUGCUCUUGUCAGACUCCUGCAGAACUUCUCCUUCCAACCUUGUAAGGAAACUCAGAUUCCUUUAAAACUAAGAAAGCAAGGAUUUUUUCGACCUGAAAAACCUGUCAUUCUAAGGGCUGUAUCAAGAGAUAGAACCAUAAGUGGAGCUUGAUAGAGAGCCUACCAGGCUGUGUCUCAUGACACCAGAAGCCAAUUUAUUUUGUGAAGAAAAUGAAGUAAUGAAGACAGGAUUGAUUCUCUUCAUGUUUGGAGGACUCUGGGCAUUCACCAAGCUGCUCACCUCCUCUACUCACCAAAGUUC